AUGACUAACCCACAAGAAGAGGUGUAUAAGGAAUACUUGAACUAUGACUGGAAGUCAUUUACAGAGUUUCAAGAAGGUUUAGAAGAAAUCUUGACCAACUAUCUUGAAAAUAUGAAAGAGCUGGAUCCUUCAAUAACGUCAAUUCCAGCUUUAGAUAAACAACAGUUGAUUGACCAAGCCAAAUGUUUCUUUUACUGCUCACAUACUGGUAACAUUCUUAAUUUGGAUGAUUUCCAACAAUGGAAGAUUCAUAAUGGAGAUAAGUAUUUCUUAAAUCCAAAAAUUACUGAAAUUCAUGAACCUGUUCCAGAAGUGAAACAAGUUGAUGACUCCGAAGCAGUUGAAUCGGGCGAGCCCCCAUAUUCUUCCAACUACCAAGAAUUAGUAGAGUUGAUCGUUUCUGGUAAACCGAUUCCAGGGAUUAAGGACAUUCCUGACACUGUAUUAUCUGAGCUGAGUUCAAAGCCAGAAGAGAAGCAAAGAGUUAAACCUUGGGAAAAGGGCCAGUCAGAAUCAACUGAACAAUCUUUAGACAUUAAUUAAGAUAAAUACACGAAUACGAUUAUGAGGAAGUGAGAGUUUUAUAAAAUAUGUA